AGGGCAUAGAUCCAGAUCAGUUGUGGGAAGAGCUGAUGUGAGUGUGGGGAGAGCUGCUGUGAGUGAGGGGAGAGUUAUUGUGAGUGAAGAGAGAGCUGAAAAUGCUGAUCAGAUUGUGGUUGAGGGAAGAGCUGGGGGUGAGGGAGAUCAGGAGACAGCUGUUGAGAAUGAACAGAGAGGAAGAGCUACUGUGAGUGAGGGAAAUGCUGCAGGAACUAAGGAGAGAAUUGAUGAGAGUCAAUCUGAUACUGACAGUGAUGUCUUGCUGAGUGAGGGUGACUAUGAAGAUGAGAGUGAUGAUGACUUGUUCCAUAAAUAUGUGGACCAUGAGAUAACUGAGGGAGUUGAAAGGACUUUAGGAGGACUGCAGCAAGUAGCAGGGGAAGAAAGGGAAGAAAGGGAAGAAGAUGAAGACUGUUGUAGGCAUAUCUGGGCUAACUUCAAAGGCAAGUUUCCUGGUGUUGUGUACAAAGAGAAUUUCUGGAAGGCAGCUAGAUCUUCCACAAAGCACCAUUUCAACACUCACAUGGCAGCUAUAAAAGAGCUGAAUGAAGAAGCAUUUAAGUACUUGGAUGCCAUCAACAUCGCUCACUGGUCUAGACAUGGGUUUAGCACUGCUUCUAAGUCAGGAAUGCUACUAAACAACUGUUGUGAGAGUUUUAAUAAUGUGUUGAGGGAGGCAAGGGCAAAACCAAUCCUACAGCUGAUGGAGUGGGUUAGGAGGUAUGUCAUGGAGAGAUUCAAUUCAAAAAGGGAGGGACUGAAGGGAUUUAAGGGUGUCAUUAUGCCUUCUGUUGUUAAGAUGGUUCAGCAAGGUCUUACGCAAGUGCAUAACAUGAGAAUCAGGCAAGCUGACUUACAUGAGUUCGAAGUGGACCAUGACCAGGACACAUUUGUUGUCAACUUACAGUCCAAAGUAUGUGGAUGCUACAGAUGGAGUCUUAUGGGAAUUCCUUGCUGGCAUGCAUUGGCAUGUAUUCAAACAAAGAGGCUAAACUACGAAGACUUCAUCCACCCUGCCUAUCAUGUUCAGACUUAUGCCAAGUCUUAUGCCCCACCAUUCAAAGGCAUGCCUAGUCAGAACCAAUGGGAUCAAACACCCUACCCAGUUCCAUUGCCUCCACCUUACAGAAAAAUGCCAGGUAGGCCAAGCAAGCACAAGAGGCAUAAGGCAGCUGGAGAGGAUGAAGACAAGCAGCCUGUUAAGAGAGCAAAGAGGCAAAACAAGUGUAGCAGAUGUGGUGGACUUGGACACUACAAACCUAAGUGUCCUAUGCCUGCACCACCUGGUGAAACAGUGGCAGCUUCAACCCCUGCUGGUGAUACUUUUGCUGGUCAGAUUGCAGCUCAAGAACCUUAUGUGUUUCAAUCCUCCCAAGGUGCUCCUCAACUUAACCCAAGUCAACAACAAGAAUAGAUAGGUUAGUUGUUAGUCAGUUGGAAUCCUAGUUUUUGGUAUUUUGUAAGUUAAAUGAAUACAAUUGCUGAUUGCUUGCUUGUCUCUGCUUGCUUGUCUAUAGCUCUUAUUUUGGUUAUGAAACUGAAGUCAACUUUGGUAUGCUAAAGUCAACAUUAGUCAUUUUGACUACUUUUGUAAGAUUAUGUCAAUUUGACAAGUUAUAAAAGUG